AUGCCGUGGAAGCUAAAACUUGAAGAGAAGUUCAUCAACAUGAGGAUUCAUCUCAAGACAAUCUUUGAUCAUGCUAAACACAGCAUUUUUCUCCACCAAAGAUCAACUGCAACCACUUCAGCAAAAUUAGCAGAUGUUCCCAGGGGUCACAUGGCAGUUUAUGUCGGAGAGAGCCAUAAUAAUAAGCAUCGAUUUGUGGUUCCUAUCUCUUGUUUGAAGCACCCUUUGUUUCAAGACUUGUUGAGGCAUGCAGAGGAGGAAUACAGAUUCGAUUAUCCAAUGGGGGGCCUUACUAUACCAUGCAGUGAGACUUCAUUUCUACGUGUCACUUCUCACUUGAAUGUCACUGCAAUUAAUAAAGGAGGAUUACAAGUCUAG